CACCACCUCAUCAUUGUUAAUCAGAUCAGGGUUUGGAAAGGCCCAGUGCCCGACCGGACGCGAACCACCAAAUUUUCAGAGGAACUGGCGAACUGGGCUUUGAUUUUGGGAUUAUCGAAACCUUGAGCAUCCAUCAGUUCCAGCGCCCAGAGAUUCUUACACGACCCGGCAAAUAUUCUUUCAAGAUGGCUCCAGAAACUCCAAAAGGAGUCUCUUCGAGGCUCCUGACGAUGAAGUUUAUGCAGAGAGCAGCGGCCUCUGCAUCAUCGGCUGGGUCGCCAGACUCCGAGGCCCCGUCCUCCAAAAAGCGGAAGCUCGAGCACUCCCCCGCUCAGGGCUGCAUCAACCUAAACAUCGACCAAGCCCUCAUCCAGGCCGCUCUCGACCAGGAGGAAGCCACGCGCCAAACGGCGCUUGAGAGGCAUUCGACUACCGACACUCACUGGGUCUUGGACAACCAGUGGAGCAAAGCGAAACCGACACGGACGGCCAGCAAUCCUCUAAACGUGGUCUACGUGGGCUACGGGGACUUCGAUUCGGCAAAUGAGUCGGGCGACAACGAAGAUGUGGCCGACAAGGGCCGAACAUCGACGAAGCCGCCGCCGCCGACCACAAAGAAAGGGGCGACAUCGCAGGGCAAGGACGGAGAUGAAUCUGACAGUGACGAGGAAAGCUCCAACGAGCACUCCUCAAGCGACGACGAGGGACCCAGGCGCAAGCGGAGAAAGGGAACCUCGGGCGACAACACACCUCCAUCACGGGACCGGUCUCGCUCGCAAUCGCGCUCCAGGCACAACGCGGAAGGCAUCAAGGCCAAAGAGUUUCGAGACAAGCGGAAGAAGAAGGAGGUUCGGAUAAACCAACUGACCUCCAUUUCUGGAGGCGGAGGUACAAUGAGCAGCAACAGGUCCAUGAAAUGCUACACAUGCCAACAGGUUGGCCACAAAGCAUCGGACUGUCCUCAGCGACCGCAGCGCAGGAAAUGAGCCCGUAAUUGUGGGUGGCCUCAAGUGAGGCAAGAUAGCGCUCAUUCACAUUGUCAGCGAAAGCAGCGAGCAAGCACUACGCCGCUGUUUUGCGGAUCACGAGCCUUUAUACCCUUUUUCCUUGCUGCAAACGCGCACCCGCUGAUGCUGCGAGGAACCCUGGUGUGAAGCCUCAUGGCCAAGUCGUGGCCAAUUCGGGUCUCACCAGCGGUGUUUGACUCAUACGCCACUGGAAGAUAUUGGUUCGUCUUGAUCAGGCGACCUUUCGGGCCGCCCGUAUCCUGCGCGGGCUCGUCGAUGGCAGCACCACGAGUUACCAUGGCGUUUUGAGGAGAGACAGGACAUGAUGUAGCAAGCCAGGCGCAUGCUGAUGCCCAUCCAUGAUGCACCAGCCGGUGACUAUGUACGAGGGUCAGGCGAACGACAGUUGCACGGCAUCCCCACCAUGAUCAAACAACAUCAUGGUACGAAGUAGGUAGCCAUGGCAGUCCGUCCUUGUAGCUCCUUGGUUGGGCCCGUGCUCUCGGCUACCUAGCAACCGCAAUCACUGUACAAGCGGCUGGGGUUCGGGUUGCAUGUCAAACCAUGCAAACGAAUUUUUGCCCAUGUCCAGGGCCCAGAAACAGCUGUUGUGCAUCAGGACCAUGGAAGAUAUCACGGCACGGGGAAGGCAUCUGACCCGUACUGCUUACUUUCCUGUGUUGUUGGGGAUUGAAUUGAUGUAGAGCAGAGCGUUGAAUAGACCCAGUCAUAAAGAUCCGUGAUGCC